GCAAGCGAGACCUUUAGCACUGUCGGUGUGACCGCGGUCACAAACGCGCUGAUUCUCGUGUCUCGGUAUUCUUUUUACAAUCGCACUCUUGAUCCUCACACAUCGAAUUCUGCAAUGACCUGGCAACGUGAAUUAUCAUCAUGGAUGUCGCCUCCUCGACUCAAGACGGCCGAUGCACCGGCUGUUGGCCAAAAGGCACCCUCACUGCCCAGCUUAGAGGGAUCCGUACAGAAUGGCAAGCCAACCAUCAUCAGUUUCCUUAGGCACUGCGGCUGUCCUUUCGCUGAGAAGACUUUCCUCGACUUGCGUGCCAUUGCACCUACCAAUCUAGAUGUUCAUUUCGUGGCUGUUUCUCACAGCAACCAAGAAUCUACAGACAAAUGGCUUGCUUCGCUACCCGACCCUUCGCGAAACAAACAACCCAAUCUCUAUGUCAUUGUUGAUGCGGAGCGUGAGACGUACGCUGCGUGGGGCCUGGAUACGUCGGGCGUCUGGCACGUCCUGGCGAGCAUGCCCAGCGUUCUGAAACUGGCCAAUAAAGAAGGCAUCAAAGUCAGGCCAACUGAGAGCGGGAGCAGGUGGCAGACCGCGGGCGACUUUGCUAUCGAUGGCGAGGGUAUAGUGAGGUGGUCUAGGAAAAAUGAGCGUGCAGACGAUAUGCCAGACUUCAAGGAGGGGCUUGAUGCGCUGCUGAAAGAUAGAGGCGAGUGAAUUGAACCCAGCAAAGCCACGAAAGGCAGAAGUACAAAACUUUGUAGCGUUCCUUGCGACUACACCGUGUAGCACUUGAGUUUCCCCUUGGUCUUUCGUUUUCCUUUCUUAUUCCAUCGUUCGUUCCGCGUUUUGCAAUUCACAAUGUGGGGGCCAUGUCGGCGCGUGAUGUAAGCUUUUCUUAUACACGCUCAAUCGCGUCAAAUAUUCGUAUAAAUGAAUACCUCAAGCUACAACACAGAUAAAGCCAGU